UGCUGCUGCGGCAGGCAGAGCAGAGCAGAGCACGGGUGCUGGCACUCAACCAGCAUCCUGCCGUCCAUUGAAUGUUUUGCGCCGUUCACGAUUGUCCCCCCAAACCUAAUAAUUCUGACUUUUCAACAAUUCUCUUCACUUUUUAAUAUCCUUCAGCAGAGCCAACGCCACGUAUCAUUAGACUGCGACGCGGAUGAGCUUAUAUUGCUGAGAAUUAACUUAUAAAAGGGAGCACGGAACACCAGGGUAUACUUCAUCCAUAUCCAUCUCAACACGCCCAUAAUCAAAAUCGCACCCACAACAACCAAUCUACCUAUCGUCCGAUCCAUCAAUAUCCCAACUCGCUCUUGCCUUGCCACAGAGCCGAUAAAAAUGGCGCGACUGAGCAGCCCGAUCGACGACGACUCGGGCUCUCCCCUCUCUUCCAUGGAUUCCACCGACAACGAGUUUCCAGAUCGCGACGCCCCCGAAGACAUCAUGGAGGAUGCACCACCAACCAAACGGCUCAAGACGGCCACUGGCUCGGUAGCCUCGCCAGCAUUUCACAAGGAGGCCAGCGUCGACCCAGACAUUGAUACUGUAUCGCAAGUCUCCUCCGACACCGAUGGCGACGUGCCAAACUCGCCCAUCAAUGCGCGCCAAGAGGAGGAAGAGUAUGCGGAACAGGUCACCAUCUGCCAUUGGGAGGGCUGCAGGGCUGGCGACCAGGGCAACAUGGACAAUCUGGUUGAACACAUCCACAGCGAUCAUAUCGAGACUCGAGCAAAGAAGUAUACCUGUGAAUGGAUUGGAUGCACUAGGAAGGGAAUGGCCCAUGCCAGUGGUUACGCUCUCAAAGCUCACAUGCGAAGUCACACCAGGGAAAAGCCAUUUUACUGCUAUCUUCCAGAGUGUGAUCGCGCCUUCACCCGCUCCGACGCCCUGGCCAAGCACAUGCGAACAGUCCACCAAACAGAAGACCUCCGACCCUCAGAUCCCGUCUCGAAGGCCCACCAAACCACGGGCAAGUCGAGCAAGAACCUCCGUAUCAUUCUCAAGACACCACAAUCGCACGCUGCCGGCCAGGAUGACGCGGUAGAUGACAGCGAUGUUCCCUACGAAGACUCCGAGGACAUGCUCACACCCUUGGACGAAGAGCUGUUUAGUCCCGAGGAGAUUGCUAUGCCACGUGAGAAGCUAUUCCAGCUAACUAAACUUCAGCUAAAGUGGGCCGAGGAAGAAGGGAAGCGGCUCGAGGCUGAGCUCAAGGAAGUCGGUGAACUUUACAAACAGGAGUGGCUGGAGAAGGAGGUUCUUCUGGAGCAGGUCAUACGGAGCGAGAAGGACUGGUUUGCUCGUAAACAGGCAGUGUUGUCGGGAGAGGCGGACGUGGUGUUGACGGCUCCUGAAGCCGCCGCAAAUUCUGUCGAGGAUGCGCAAAACUAGUCUACGGGCGCUCAAGAUCAGCUUUUGGACGCGUCUUCUGUACCUUUGGAUAUCCAAGGACCCCCUUCUUCCGACAAUGCUUCGGAUCAAUCCCCUUCUUCCAACAACGCCUCAAAUCAAUAUGUACAUUUGACUUUUCGAUCCUGCGAUGUCAGCGAGCCGUAUUUGGCCACCGCUGAAAACACUGCUGAGGCUGAAGUCGUCUGUUUGAAGCUGCGCAUACCUUUUUUCGCCGCGCCUUACGUAUGUCGAUUCAAGAACUGUGAGAGGUCUGAAACGCCUUACAUCAGUUAUCGAGGUCUCCAUAGUCACUACUCAUGGGUGCACAAGUCCAAAGAUGCAGGCGGCAAUCCUAUUUCACAGUCUGUUACUUGUCCGGUGAAAACUUGCCCCCGGUCUGAGGAGGCGAUCAAAACCAUGGAUUACCUUUGGAUUCAUCUCGAGAAGCGGCACAAUGUUUCGUACCCCGCCUGACGGUUCGACUGGGGAUGGGAAAUGUGGUCCGGGACAAGCGUUGUAGAUAGAGUCACUUGACAAGAUAAAAUCAAAUGCUUCUUGGGCAUCUCUUAAGAGGCAUAUCAAUGCAUAUUUAGCGCCUGUUUGCUAUCUUUCAAGGCCCAUUGA